GUAUAUUUAUUGUUUCAACAGCAGAACAUUAAAAAAACUUGAGCUUAUUUGAUAUUCUCUUCACUCACAUUAAAAGCAUUGUUUUCUUUUAUUGUUGGUCGGAUGAAACGGACAUAAAGUCAAAUGAAGGUUUUCUAAAAAAACAAUAUUGUUCUGUAAGGAAUAUUUAAAAACUGAUAAGCAUUAAGUUUUGUUUUUUUUUCAGCGGUAGCGCUGUCAUUACAGCUGCAUUACUGACGUUCAGCCUUAAAUCCAACAGGAAGUUAUCCAGCGCGCAUUACCCACAGUCAAGCAGGAAGUUUUCAACUUUAAGUUUUUCGUGUACAUAUCGGGGGAAAUUUCAGUGAUACAAAAACAGAACAAUGGCAGAUAAAGAACUUGAGAGAGUCAGACCUCGCUUUGUGGCCAAGGUGUCCAAAGAAGUGAUGAAUCAACUCCUGGAUGGCCUUUUGCAUGAUGGUGUGUUGAAUGAUGGGGAGAAGGAUGCAGUAGUUGAAGAGAACGACAGCAGAGCGGAUAAAGCACGCUGUCUCAUCGACAAGGUGAAGAGGAAAGGACAUGAAGCCAGCAGCAAGAUGAUUGCUCACCUGAAAAGUGUGGAUAAUACACUGUACUGUGAGUUGGGUCUGUCCAGCGUCCAGCCUGCUCAGCCAGCUGCAGCAGGCCCGGUGGCUCAGAGUGGAUCAGCUUCUUCAGUCUCCAGCGUGGAAAAGUUCUGGAAGUCCAAACAGGAUGAUCCAGGGGUCUAUCCUGUGACCCAAACCUCCUUCAGGAACCGCGUAGCUCUGCUGAUCACUAAUAUCAAGUUUUCUGAGGAAAAAAUGAACAGAAGAGGAGCAGAGAAAGACGAGAAGAACAUGGAGAAACUGCUUUCUAAUCUGGGAUAUGAGGUGGUGAAACACACAAACCUCACUGGAAAGGCGAUCAAUGAGGUUUUAAUUGAAUUCACUAAACAUCCCAAACUAAAACACACUGACAGCGUGUUUGUGGUUAUCAUGUCUCAUGGGCAGCUGGGGAAAAUCCUUGGGGUUGACUGGAAAGAGGACAAACCAGAUGAAUUUCCAAUCAACAACAUUUUCAAACACUUGGGCUCCAAGAGCUGUCCAGCGCUAAUAGAUAAACCAAAGGUCAUCAUCAUACAGGCCUGCAGAGGAGAACAAAUAGGAAGCGUUCUGGUCAGUGACAGUCCAAACACAGCGGAUCAUGUUCCACAACCUGAGGAUCUGGAAGCAGACAAGCUUCAAUUUGUUCACGUAGAGAAAAACUUUAUUUCUCUGCUUUCCUGCACGCCUGACACUGUGUCGUUCAGACAACCAGAUCGUGGGUCUCUCCUCAUCCAGUACAUCGUGGAGGUUUUUACCCCAGAGUCGUAUCAGGAACACAUUUUGGAUCUUUUCAUGAAGGUCAUGCGGCGUGUUGAACAAUUUAGGAGCCACAAUAAUCUACAGAUGCCAACAAUUGACAGAUGCACGCUGACAAAGAGCUUCUACCUCUUUCAAGGCCUCCUGCACAACGAUCACUAAUGUCACACGUCUUAGUGUGAUUUGAAGCAGCACUAGUACUUUUUGUACUUCUUGUUUUGUACUAAAACUAAUUUUUUGUACUUUUUAUUUGAGCUAGUUGCUCAUACCGGCUAGUUUGAGCAACUAGCCAACCAAUUAACAAACAACAUGAACUUGUUCUCCUGUCUAGAGCAGAAUGACCAAAGGAUUUAUGAUUCUGUGUAAUAAAUAAUCAGUGGAUGGUGAGUUAUGACAGGGAUGCUUUUUUCUGCUGGUGCUAAGAAAGUAGCUAAGCAUUUUUCUGAGGGUGCUAUGAAGGAUAAUUUCUUCUUCUAGUUCUCAACACACAUAGAAGCAAGCACAUCUACAGCAGUCACCAAUAAAGAUGAAACUGAA